AUGGAUACUAAUAAGAAAAAGGCGGCACCAAGCACUUUGACUCCAGCCCAACGAGCACGGAAAAGAGCAGCUGACCGAAAGUUCCGUAAAAGCUCCCGUGAGAAAACCAAGAGUUACAUUGCUCAUUUGGAAAAGUUGGUUGAGGCCAGCAGUUCUUCUCCCAAUGGCUCCGAAAAUGUGCAACGCCUCAUGCAGCAGGCUGACGAGCAUUAUAACGAUGCCCGCCAGCUCCGGUCUGCCUUAACGAACAUUAUUGAUCUAGCGCAGUCAAAUCUUCAAAAGUUAAGCGACCGCGCUUCUACAUCGCCUUCAGCAGCAGUACCUACUCUGACCUCCCCAGGAGAGUCCGAUGAUCAAGAGGCCUUUCGAUCGCCGACCGAGAACAGCGAUUUAGAAGCGAUGGAGACUGUUGGGGCCCAUUUCAAUGUUCAACAUUUCGACAACACAAGCUUUGACGACCUGCUUGGGGAUUUAGAACCGUUCCAGCAAGAGGGUGAUGAAUUUGCCCCGUUCAGCUCCAUGCCGCGCAACCCUGAUCAGAUAGAAUCAGAGACUGCGAAUCCUCCGGGCCCUUCCCUCCCACUUUCAAACAUGGCCAUUCCAGAGCCAUACCCCUCCUACAAAUCAGCCCUCGCUAAACCCGCUGUACUGCCCGUGCCCACUAUCUUACAGCCCUCUACGACGAACGAUUCCCAAUCCAUUUGGAACUCAUUGGGCACUAUUACAUACACCGCCAUAAGUUCAUGCAAAAAGACCAUCCAAUUUCUCUCCGGUGAACUGCAGAGAAGCCGCGAUGAGAAUGUUUUGAUUACGGCGGUUGUACACGGUUGGCAUUCGGUCCCGGAGCAAGAUUUAUUUGAUCCAACCUGGCAAGCGAUUCGUCGUGUAGAUGAGCAAAUGCUUCGGCCUUAUAGAGCCGUGGAAAGGCUUGCCAUGCUGUAUGUGUCAAGAUUGCAGCUUUUGGUAGGUUGA